UCUUUUUGUCUUAUAGCUGGGCUUAGUCCAAUCAGGCCAACUUCAUAUUUAAAACAAAGCGACUGAACGCUAACUUGUCUUUGAAGUCAAACAAAAAGGAGCACUUUAUUCGUCCUCACUUUGAACCUAAAAUACACCGUUUUUGUUUCAAAGGCUUGCUUACUUGCAAGAAGUCUCUAAAGUUUCCGAAUAAGAGGAAGACAUGUGCUGCGAUUCAAACCUCAUUUCAAGAUGGCGUGCUGCACACACCUACUUUGCCAAGCCUCGGCGUCUGGGAAGCUGGAAGACGUGUUGAAUUUAUUGAGAGCUGGAGCUGAAGUUAAUGGACUGAAUGAGUUUAGGAGGACUCCUCUGCAGGUGGCGAUGCUCGGAAAUACCGAGCUCGUCCAGGCUCUCCUCGCGGCAGGAGCUGAUCCCAACGCGCGAGACCAGAUCCUAAACCUCACCGUGACUCACGACGCCGCACGCGAAGGUUUUGUGGAGACUGUGCGUGUGCUGAUAAAUCACGGAGCGGACGUGAAUCUCGCGGACGAAAUCGGGAACCUGCCGCUGCACCUGGCCGCAAGGGAGGGGCACCUGGAGGUGGUGAGGAUGCUCCUGGACCUCACCGAGGACCCCUGGAGGACCAACCGCGAGGGACACACCGCGCUGUGGCUGGCACGAGACUUCAAUCGCGUAGAGACGGCUGAUUUCAUUGAACAAUAUCUGGGACUCGAGUAGGUCUUAUUGCUAAUUUGUGUUUAUUAUAAUGGCGCUGCAUUGUUUUUGGUUGUUCAAAUACAGCACCCUUUGUCUUUGUGCCGAAGUGCUUGAUAAAUAAAACAGAUAUGCGUCUUUAUCAUGCGACAUCAGAAGCCAUACUGAUUGUAAAAACAAGAAAUAAACUUCAACACACA